AUGGGCGUGGAUUACUACAACAUACUGAAGGUGAACAGGAACGCAAGCGACGAUGAUCUGAAGAAAGCCUACAAGAGACUGGCGAUGAUAUGGCACCUGGACAAGAACCCCGAGGCCGCGACGACUGUCGCGAGGUCCAGGCGAGGGCCCCCCGGCCAGUGGCCAGCGAGGUUGCAAGGGCCCUCGCCCAGAUCUAGCGAGGGCCUUCGCGCCCUCGCCCGUGGCCGGCAAGGUCGCGACGGCCGUCACGGCCUCGCCGGCCCAGGACGAGCCGACCAUGGCCCUGGGCAGCCCGAAGAAGUAACUGAGGACGCGACUUUUGUAGACAAGGCAUGCAAUGUGGAGCAUUACUACGAUUGGGACGAUUAUGCCGAGGCAUUCUACACCGUCUUGCGCUAUCUGAGGUCCACCACCGCGGAAAAGUGGUUCGACUACUACACCCAUACUUCUCUCCAUCAUGCCAAGGGCUUCAGCCACAGUGCGUGCAAUCGUGCGUUGACACACGCUGGUUGUACUAGCUGCAUGGAUUUCGCCUGCAAUGAAAUCCAGAGUGUGCGCGCCGCAGCUUUGGCUUCGCGAUCGUAG